AUGCGAGCUCGGCGCGCGCUCACGGGGAGAGAAAAAUAUGCGCGCGCGGCGACGUCGCGCGCGCGCGCGGUCGAGCGGCGGGUGAAGACGAGGGUGUGGAGAACGCUUCGAGAGGACGUGAGCGCGGUGGUGGACCCGAGAUACGACGCCGUGGACGACGACGGCGGUCUAGGGCCGUCGUCGCCGGACGUGCAGAUCGCGAAUUCACUCAGGCUCGAGUCUGCGGCGCAACGGGAGGGAUUGGAGCGGCGCGGGCGAAGGGUUGACAAGGCGGCGCGGGCGCGGGACGCGCGGGACGUCGGCGCGGCGGCGGCGUGCGCAGAGGACGUGCGAAGAGAUGGAGCGACGUUUUUACGCGGCGUGUGCAGUGAGGCGACGUGUGAUGCGUUCUUGAAAGAGGUCCACGCAGUGUGCGAUGAGACGCGAGCGGAGUUCGGGGACGCGCUGCGAAGGACGGAUGUGAAAGUCGGGUUCGACGGCGCCGCGAGAGCAAUCGUGGUCGAGGCGUGCGGUCAAGGUGGGGUGAACGCGAUCUUGAACGAGAUCGAAGACGCGACGUCGGAGGCGGUGAUGGUGGAGAUGAGUGUCCUGACCACUGAGCGAGGCGCGGAUAGGCAGGUUUUGCACCCGGAUGUGUCCAUCGACGCGCCACACGCGCCGCUAUAUUCUUUAUUCAUCGCGCUGCAAGACGUCGUCCCCGAGAUGGGGCCGACGUGCUUCGUACUCGGGACGCAAGACAGGGCGUCGCACGAUGCGUUUCCGAACGCGAAGUGGGGUGACGCGCAGUUUGAGGCGCUCGCGGGGAGGGAGUGGUGCGACGCGACGUUGCGGAAAGGCGACGCCGUGCUCUACGACGCUCGAACGUUUCACCAGGGCGGAGCGAACGAGCACGGCAGACGGGCGCUGAUGACGCUGACGUUCUUGAAACCGCCCGUUCCCGAGGCGCCCACGAGAAGGAAUUCGGGCGCGGAGUGGUCGAUUCGUAGAGACGUCUUUGACAUGCGGCUCACCGUGGGCGACAUUGCAAAGAUUAACCCAUAG